GUCCUUUCAUUUCUCCUCCUCUCUCAAAUCGUCUAAUUCUCUCUCUAUCUCUCUCUCUAUCUCUACUUAUUAUUUCUUAAGUUAAAGAAACAGAGAUUAAAAAAUAAAAAGCCUUCUCGGGUUGUUUAAAAAUACUGUUUCACCGCAGUAAUUAAUUUAAAAAUUACUGUCGAUGACGUGGCAUGCACUUAAAAAGAAACAGCCAUGAAUACAAAAACGAUGCGUCUUCCCCCACGCCGAGUUACCUCCGGCGCCGUCGCCGGCAAACAAACGGAAUCCGCCGUGAUAAAUCCACCACCGCCGCCGACUAAAUCCAUCGUCAAGAAAACGCCGAUCAUCCCUCGACCAACUACCACCGCCACUGUAGCCUUAGCCGAGCCGGUUUGUUCGAAUCAGCUCUUAGCCGGUUACUUGGCUCAUGAGUUUCUCAACAAUGGCACACUCUUCGGAGAGCUUUGGAAUCCAACUAAAGCCCAAGCCGGCCCAUUAACGACCCAAUCUAUUGACCCUAGAAAGAAUAAGCCGAGCCAUGAUAUAGAGCCGAGUGAUCAUAAACGGAGGAGAUAUGUGGAGGUUGCUAACAUACUCCGGGUAGAUGGGACCCAUUUGCCCGGUAUCGUUAACCCGUCACAGCUUGCCCGAUUCCUUAAAUUGUGAUGCGUAAAUCCACGUGGAGUCGUAUUAUUGGUUCGUCGUUUAGAAAAACAAAACAGCUGUAACACCGAAACAUUCCUCUUCUCUAUCUUUUAUUUUUUGUCCAUUAAUGUUUUUUUGUAAAAAGCUCUCUCUUCAUCGUCUUCAUCGAAAUUGACUCAGAAAUGUUUUAGGGUUUUUUUGAAUGUUGCAAAUCUGGUCUAAUUAUGCUUUUAAAUUGACCAAAUUGAACCCAGAUUCAACCAUUUUUUUGUUAUGUUAUUAUUACUUAUUUUGAAGAUGAACAAAAAUGAUUAAUGCGUAAUGAUUUUAGAUUACUUAACCUGUUGAAUCAAUCUUAGAUCCGUGUUAAUUCAACAAUAUGAAUCUCCUGAUCUGGGAAGCAAAUAGAGUGAAGAUCAGUCCCUUUGUAUACUUUGAUUCUUGCAAGAACUUAUUAAUAUGAUCUCUGUUUUGAGUUUGUAAAAAUUUUACCUUUAUUUUGAGAUGAUUAUCAGAAGUUACUGGAAAUGCUAAUUAUACCGAUCAUUUUUGAAGACACUAAUUUACUUGAAUUCUUAAACAGGAAUUAAGAGCCUGAGUUUUUAGAUGUAGUAUAUCAUCUGAUGAUGAUGAUGCCCUUUACUUGACUAAUUUUUUU